AUGUUUGUGCGAACCGUCCUCCUCUCAUUGUCGGCUCUCGCGGCUGCCAAAGAGCUUCCCAAGGAUGAGGUGAAAGCUGCUCAGCUUUACGACUCCGGGAUCAAGCAUGCGAACAAUGUAGCGCUCAAGAGGGAAUCUUGGGCGAAGCAUGAGGCAGCCGGUGUCUACGCAUCAGAGCAGUACGCUGAGGUCGCAGACUUCGUGGCAUGCUCCAACGGUACCGCCAAAACAAGCACCGACACCUUCAGGUGCAAGAACAUUGACUUAUACCACUUCCUUUCCCACUCGGCGCUCGGUAGCACCAGGGGCUUUGGCUCUUCGUCUUGGGGUUGGACCAGCUCAGAUGGACGUGAGUUUGUUGCUAUCGGCCAGUCUGACGGUACUGCCUUUGCGGAGAUUACCAACGCUGGCAAGCUUUCCUACUUGGGACGCCUUCCUCAAUUCUCGACUCCUAGCGAGUGGCGCGAGAUCCGAGGACACAACGACUUCGUCAUCAUCGGCAGUGAAGCAUCCGGCCACGGCAUCCAGAUCUUCGACUGGAAGAAACUCUUGACCAUUGAUCCUGCCAAACCUGUCACCUUCACUAACACUGUCGGUGGUGGUUUGGUCGGUCACUACGACAAGCUGCCAUCGGGCCGUACCCACAAUGUUGUCACCAACCCCAAGGGCAACUACAUCUACUCCGUAGGAGCUCAGCCUAGAACUGAUGCCUGCAAGUCUGGCAUCAUCUUUAUUGACAUUUCCACUCCGUCGAAGCCUGUCAAUGCUGGAUGUGCCUCUGCAGACGGGUAUGUCCACGAUGCGCAAUGCGUCUUCUACAAGGGCCCCGAUACGCAGUACAACGGACGUGAGAUCUGCUACGGCUACAAUGAGGACACUCUCACGAUUUACGACAUAACUGAUAAGAAGAGUCCUGUAGUUCUUUCCAGGACUUCUUACACUGGAGCCUCAUACACUCACCAAGGCGCUCUUCUUGACGUGGAGAACCAAAAGUACCUGCUCCUCGAUGACGAAUAUGACGAGUACGAUAAGACUGGUCCUGGCGCUGCUGGAAAUCCAAUUACCUACAUCUGGGAUAUUUCUUCCCUAAAAAAGCCAAAGCAGGUAGGCCUGUAUAAGUCGGGUGCCAAGGGCAUUGACCAUAACCAAUACGUGUCGGGUGGAUUCGCCUACCAGUCUAACUACGGCACUGGCUUCCGUGUUCUUGACGUCUCUUCGAUCCCGAGCGACCCUUCUGGUGCUGGUGUAAAAGAAGUCGGAUUCUUCGACAUCUAUCCUGAAGACGAUAACCAGGCUGGCGGUGGUGUCAUCGAUUUUGUUGGUACCUGGAGCAGCUACGCCCUUUUCAAGUCCGGCUAUAUCCUCGUUAACACAAUGGAGCGAGGCGCCUUCGUCUUGAAGAAGCAGGCAGGUGCAUUUUAG